CAGAAACUGCUGAAUUGUUUUUUUUUGUAGAUGAAAGCGCAAAAACCUAAACUUUCACGCCAUUUUCUCAGUUGCUUACCUUUAAUCAAUGCUGGCCUUCAGCUUCUAAGUUUUGCCUUUGCGUUUCCUCUCUCCAACAUUGAUAAAACCCUCUCAUCUACCAGUCUUCCCGACCUACUCCGACCCCAAUGCGUGCGCAGAGCUCUCGCUGAAAGCGCCACCCCCACGUUUCCUUCCUGCGGGGAAAAUACACCCCACGUUCGGAUUCUUGGGUACCUAUCCGAUUUCCGCUGAAACCCUCGAGUUCGCGGGGGGAUUUCUGCGAUUGGGUGCCUUAAAGUUUCGAUUUUUUUUUUGGCAGUUUCUUGUUUUUUUCGGGUGUUCGAUGACUUUUUAUGAAGAAGAUGAGGUGGUUCCGGAGCUGAGGGUGAGAGUCGGGGAGGAGGGCGAGGGGAACAAAGGGGGUUAUGUCGACCUGGGAAUGCGAGAUCGCUCGGGGAAUCGCGAAGCGGAGAGAGAUCCUCCUUCUCCCAGAAGAAGGUGUAGACGGUUCGUGUGGUAUCUGGCGAAGCUGUUCUUGCUGUUCUCUUGCCUGGGCUUGUUGGCUGGGGUUUGCAUCAAAUGGGUCUGGCCGUUUCUCAUGGACAAGGAAGUUAUCCCCAUAAUAAACUGGGAGACCGCGACAUUUAGUCAUCCGGUUCUUGCACUUCUAGUCUUUGCUUCUGUGGCUAUAUUCCCCACCCUGCUCAUACCAUCAACCCCUUCCUGGUGGGUUGCUGGAAUGACAUUUGGCUAUGGCUACGGAUUCUUGCUGAUUAUGUCAGGAGUAAUUGUGGGUGUAUCGCUUCCAUAUUUCAUUGGCUCUCUCUUCCACCAGAAAAUUCAAACCUGGCUAGAAAAACAUCCAAAGAGAGCUUCCCUGAUAAGGUCAGCUGGCAGAGGAAAUUGUUUUGAUCAGUUUCGAGCUGUUAUUUUGAUCAGGAUAUCUCCAUUCCCUUAUAUUUUAUAUAACUACUGUGCUGUGGCGACAAAUGUGAGAUACUUCCCCUACAUUCUUGGGUCGCUGAUUGGUGUCGUGCCAGAAAUAUUUGUUGCAAUUUACACGGGAAUCCUGAUAAAAACUCUUGCUGAUGCUUCUCACGAUCGGCACUCUCUAUCUGCUCCCCAGAUAGUAAUGAAUGUGCUUGGCUUCUUGGGGACAGUUGCUACCACGAUUAUUUUCACUGUUUAUGCAAAAAGGCAACUCAAAACAAUUCAGAGGGAAGGGGAGCCAUUACUAGAAUGAGAUGGCUCCUGCACUGGGUUGAAAUGUAAAGAUUUGCGCUCAGAGCACUUAAGGUGGCACAUCUGAUUGCAAUAUACUGCAGGAUGAGGUUCAUUUAUUAUGGAACUUCAAUCUGUUGUGAAGUUGAUUCUUAAUGGGAAUGGCAUUCGAGUAAUGGUAAUGGUUGGGAGUCAAGACUGGUAUCUAACAUGAUUCUACUUUCUGGAUCGAGCAUAGGGGAAGUUUUCAUGUUCUAGAUCUGAAUCAUUCGAUACUCUGAAACAACGGUGAUAUGGCAAGAACCUGAUCUUCCUUGUUGCCGAAUAAUGCCUCGUCCAUUAGGUAAGCAGGUUCUUAGUUAUCAGCUGUAUAGGGUUGAAUCUGUUUCAGAAGUUGAAACCAAUUCAUGCAGAUUCUUGUCUGUAUAUAAGAAUAUCAAUCUGAUUGACUUGGACACUCUUGUGGUUACCGUUUACUGUCUUUUAACGGGCAAAUUCCUACGGAUUGUUACUUU